AUGGGCAACUCUCAAUCGAGCCAGGCCAAAAAAGAUGAGACCCGCCGCUCUAACCGCCUUUCAAAGCCCCUGACAAAGAAGUUCAUUACCAUUCAAAGUUCUCAACGACCCGAAACAGACUCUUCGACGAUCAGUUCAGGGCUGAUAGGGUGGCAAAACCCUUGGGUUGGCAGCAAUAUCUCCAGUAUAUCCAAUACCCCCGUGGAAAAACGGGGCAGCUACCCCAAGAAAGCAGAGAUUCCACCUACCCUUUUUGAAACAGAGUCGUCGGAAGAGACCCCGACUGAGGAUCGAGCCUUUGUAUACGAUCAGAGUCCCACCAAGCGUCAUCCAAUCCGCCCAAGCCUGUUGACCGCAAGCUCUUCGAGAAGAACAUCGUACCAUUCAGAAACUUGGGAAACUUGGGAAACAGCUUCCCAACCCUCGCCUAUUUAUGAGCAGCCACCAAGGCGGGCCAGUUCGACUCGAACUCCCCUACAGAGGCACAACAGCGCUGUCUAUGAAAACCACAUCGGAGACGCGACAUCUUCUAACACCCACUUCUUGGUUGGCAACCAACGGUUCUCAUUAACGCGUCGACGAUCGCUCCUGACGCGUCCUGGGGUUGCUACAAGACGAACAACAGGCACAAUUCGACGCGUUCCAUCGCCCAUUGGCGAGCCCGAAUGCCAGAUCGAAGAUCCGACAACUGAUUUGCAAUGGUCAUUGCCUUCGAUCCGAGGACCACUGCGUCUGCCAUCGCCAGCACGGCCGUCCAGUCCGACUGAUACCCGAUAUACUCAGCUCGGGGCACUCAAAUUAGGAUCUUUACGAGUUGUAAAUGGCUCCGCCUCUCCAUGUCCGAGCGAGCGCGUUCCUUUAAAUGGGCCCUACGUCCCAGAUCCUGGGCUUGGUCUUGAGAACAUGGAAGUUGUAGUGCCUAGCAGGGGGUCAACGCUGGAUAUUCCAUCCUUGCCUGAUCCGAAGAAAUCGGACGAUGUUCCGGGCAGUCCAUUCUCUUUUGAAAGGUCUCCCACUAUCACAGUCCAGCCUCGGACAAAAUCAUUGUUCCCCGGGGAUCCAGAAGACGAAGGGAUUGUCCUCUGCGACGAUACGAGAAUCCAGUUGGAAAAAGGUGCUCUGGACGCUGGCCUUGCCCAGAGCGCACCUCAAUCCCUUAACAAGUCUGACAGUGGCUACAGCUCUGCCACAUCAGUCCACUCUAUACAGCGGAGCCGGACUCAGAGCUCUGCUACCUCACAAACAUCUAGCUCAUGUGGUGCAGACAGUUCAAAGAAUGUAUGUAUCCUGAAAGGCUCGGCUUCAGGUCUAUCAGGCGAUAAAGUACAGCGCCACCUGAGCCUGCAGACAAACCCGGAGAACUACUCAAGGCUAUAUCCAGCCGCUGCUCGCUGGUACGACUCGGGCGACCCACUUCCCCUCGCCCCGUCGCGAUCGCGUCGGUCAACAUUGUGUGCGCCUCGAUACACGGAAUAUUCUUCACCGCUCGAACCAUUCCUCGAAGUCAAGUCUACCGCCAUGGUUUCUAUUCCACGCCAGAACCCAAAUGGCUUUACCAGGGGGCCUUUUUAUGGAGAUAGAUUAUCCAGCUCGUUUGAUACCAUGUCUACUAUAGGGUCUGCCGCAAUCGGAGAAUCACAACUCAGUCUCCAACGGCCAACUACGGAAACCAAGGAGCGACUUCGAAGGUCAGCCUCUGACUAUCACAUUCAUGGAGAAUACGAUAUACAACGCUCCCAAUCCAGAAGUCGACGGGGAAGUCGCAUCUGGAGCAAGAAACCAGGCGUUGAAGCUCCUCCACUGCCCACCAUCAUGUCUCCAGGUUACUUGCAGGAUGACCUUGACCUUGAUGCUGAAUUAGCUUCCUCUGAGCCGAUGCGAGGCCGGUCUCGAAGCCGGAGCAAUGACUAUCGCCGUCGUAGGUUGACAAAGGUCCCUCUCCAGACGGAUUUGUGCACAUGA